CAGAGUGUAACUGUCAUUAAAAGCGAAAAACAGAGCACUUUUUGGGUUUCUAAACGUUAUUAAAUUCUUAGAAGAUUAGAGAUUCCUUUUUAAGUCUUAACAACAAACUAUAUUUCUAGGGGGAAAAGCGAGACUCCUUCAACAAGAUUUCGUAAACCACGUGGUUUCAUCAAAAAGUUGUUAUUCCCCACCACAGUCAGCAACCGUAUGGACAUGGCAGUUUGUUGCCCCCACACGUCGGUUAUUUGUUGUGACCUUCCCUAAACUAAAAAGCAAACCAAUUCCCCAAAACAACCAUUUCUCACCUCUUCACUUUUCUCUAUAUAUCUCCCAACUUCCCCCUCCCUUCCCCUCACCAAUUCACCCCUUUCCCCCCCCCCCCCCCCCCCCCCCCCCCUUUUCUCUCUUAGACUCUGCCAACAGGUCCGUUCAUCUCUCCAAUUCCCAACAUUUUCAAAGUCGUUUUAGCUUUGUUUCCCUGAGACUUACUCUUUUUUUGUGCAGAUAAAAUGGCGUUUCUUGGACUUCUCUUGGUGGGUCUUCUUCUAUCUUUGGGAUGUGAUUCUGCUCCUACCAACCACAAUGGAGGUGGUUGGACUAGUGCCCACGCCACAUUCUACGGUGGGGGUGACGCCGCUGGUACAAUGGGAGGGGCUUGUGGCUAUGGAAAUCUGUACAGCCAGGGAUAUGGGACGAACACAGCAGCUCUGAGCACAGCUUUAUUCAACAAUGGACUGAGUUGUGGCGCUUGCUUUGAAAUCAAAUGUGUAAGUGACCCAAAAUGGUGUCUUCAAAAGUCCAUUGUGGUUACUGCCACAAACUUUUGUCCACCAAACAAUGCGCUCCCAAACAACGCCGGCGGCUGGUGUAACCCUCCCCAACACCAUUUCGAUCUCUCCCAACCCGUCUUCGAACAAAUCGCUCGUUUCAAAGCCGGCAUUGUCCCAGUGGCAUACAGAAGGGUAUCUUGUGAGAAGAAAGGAGGCAUUAGAUUCACAAUCAAUGGCCAUUCGUACUUCAAUUUAGUCCUUGUAACCAACGUCGGUGGAGGUGGGGAUGUUCAUGGUGUGUGGAUUAAAGGGUCGAAAACAGGGUGGGAAGCAAUGUCGAGGAAUUGGGGACAGAAUUGGCAGAGCAAUUCAUACCUGAAUGGACAAAGCUUAUCGUUCAAAGUGACCACCGGCGAUGGCCGAACAGUGAUAUCCAACAACGUAGCGCCAUCUGAGUGGAGCUUUGGUCAGACUUUUAGUGGGUCGCAAUUCCAAUGAACAAAAAAGGCAACAGCAAAACAGAACAGAACAGAACGGAGCAGAGUCAUUUUGUUCUUCAUUUUCUAGGGAGUUGUGUUGUGUUGGAGUGGGCACUGUUUUUAAUGUGUCCUCUUUCUCCUUUUUCUUUUUUAGUCCUUUUUUAGUUUGUGAGUUUGAAAAUGUGGAGUUGGGUUUGGUUUUGAGUUUGGUUUUGAGUUUGGUUUUGGGUUUGGGGUUCUGCUGUGUGUGUUUUUAAGGCAAUGGCAGAUGAAAAUUACUGGCAGCGGUAGGCAUUUGAUAUGACACCCGCCACUUUUGUCUCUUAGGUUAGUUUAGGACUUUAGGGUUUAUGAUGAAUGUUAAUGUUACCACGUCGGUUUUUAUAAUAUAAAGUUUAGUAGAGUAUUAAGUUGGUUUGUUGGGUUAAUUGUAUUUGUAAAAGAGGUUGGUGGCUCCAACCCCUUUUUUGAUAGUAUGUAUUAAGUAAGAAAUGUAUGGAAUUUGCUUUUAUGU